AUGAAGAAGCGAAAAGCAAGGUUUCUUCUUUUUCAAAUUUGCCAUGUUUUUCACCGAUUCUUCCUCUUUCAAAUCAGGGUUCCGGCGACCAUGGCCGACGGUCCGUCCAGUCCAGGUGGCGGUAGCCACGAGAGCGGCGACCACAGCCCCCGCUCUAACGUUCGCGAGCAGGACAGGUACCUCCCCAUCGCUAACAUAAGUCGCAUCAUGAAGAAGGCGCUCCCUGCCAACGGAAAAAUCGCUAAAGACGCGAAGGAGACUGUCCAGGAAUGCGUCUCCGAGUUCAUCAGCUUCAUCACCAGCGAGGCCUCUGAUAAGUGUCAGAGAGAGAAAAGAAAGACUAUUAACGGGGAUGAUUUACUCUGGGCAAUGGCUACCCUUGGUUUCGAGGAUUAUAUCGAUCCCUUGAAGAUUUAUCUCACAAGAUACAGAGAGGGUGAUACCAAGGGCUCAGCCAAGGGUGGUGACACCUCUGCGAAGAAAGAUGUUCAACCGAGUCCUAAUGCUCAGCUUGCUCAUCAAGGUUCUUUUUCACAAGGUGUUAGUUACACAAAUUCUCAGGUAACUAUGCUCUCUUUGUUUGAUGUAUUAUCUUCUUUCUUUGUGUACUUCUGGGCAGUCAAAGUUGAAUUCUGUUUGCAUAAUGCAUUAGGAUUGAAUGACGUUUUGAGGAUCCUGUGGUGGUGGUUGGCUGGGGGUUUCUUAGCAGUUCAGACCCCUAUGUUAUUUAGUUUGUUCUGCAGAUCAGCCUUGGUGUGUGUGAAGGAUGCUUUUGGAUCAAUUUUCACAUCUGGGAUAUGUCUUUUAAUUGUUGGUCCUGGGGAUUGCCCACUUGGGAUCAAAGAUGAGAAAAAGAAAGUAAGGCUCAAAAGGAAACAGGGGGAGUUUGCAAUUGGUGUUGUGCCAUCGCAGGUGAUGGAAAAUAUGGCAGAUGGCGGCGUUCAACGGCAGAUAGAGAAUGGACAACUAAAUGGAAGUACAUAUUGUCACACUUUGCCUGAGUUGACAAUCCUACGGUGCGACAUUGGGUCAGCAUAUGAUGGUUCCAAUGCAAGGCCCAGAGUAGUUGUCGAGUCUAUUAAUCCUCCUGUUGUAAUGUAA